CUAGGACCUCGCACACCACCACCCUAUCGCCACUUCUUGUCCGUUCUUCGAGCUGUAUAAACGUCGUCACUGCGUCUUGUUCAUCCUGUCUCUGCCCUUAUUCUCCGGAAGAGCCUUCUACUAAACGUAAUUCAGGAGUUGCAAGGUUGUGGCCAUUGUGCCACUCAGCUCUUCCUCUUCCUUUCCAUCAAACCCAUCAUUUUCUUCUCCUUGUUCUGCCCGCAUCCGUCAUGGCGCCCGCUCUUGCCCCAGACCCUCAGUUCAAAAAAGAUGAGAAAGCCCUGUGUUUCCACCAUGAGCUGCUCUACGAUGCUAAGGUCAUUGAUCUCAAGCCCAUUGACCCAGAUGACAAGAAGAGCGGCUUCCAGUAUAAAGUGCACUACAAGGGCUGGAAGAACACAUGGGAUGAUUGGGUACCAGAAGACCGUCUUCGUAAGCUCACCCAAGAAAACCGUGAGCUGGCGAACAAUCUCAGGCACGAAGUGCUUGCCGCUCAACGUGCCGCCAAAGCACCCCCUGCCGCGGGAAAGAAGAAGCCCCAGGGCUCAGCUCGGGGUAGUGAGGAACGACAGAUGUCCGUCACCGCUGCUGGCCCUCGUGGGCAGAAGAGGUACAGGGAUCAAGAUCUUGAGAAAGAGGAAGCCUUCCAGACCCGCCGUGCCGUCAGGAUCUACAUGCCUGACCGGCUGAAGAGCCUCCUGGUGGAUGACUGGGAGAAUGUCACGAAACAAUUGCAGCUGGUACAACUGCCAUCCAGCAAGCCAGCUGGCCUAAUCCUGGAUGAGUAUUUUGACUACGAGAAACCUCGACGUAGACGGGGCAGCGCAGAGGCCGACAUUCUCGAAGAAGUUAUAGCUGGCCUUAAGGAAUACUUUAACAAGAGCCUUGGACGACUCCUUCUGUAUCGCUUCGAGCGUGAGCAAUUCUUCGACAUCCAUACGCGGAUGGAAAGCGGUACCUCAGAUCUGGCUGGAAAGACCCUCGCGGAUAUCUACGGCGGUGAACACCUUCUCAGGCUUUUCGUAUCCAUGCCCGAGCUCAUCGCACAAACCAACAUGGACAGUCAAUCAGUCAACCGCCUAAAGGAAGAACUAGUGGGUAUGCUGACCUGGCUUUCGAAGGAACCUCAAGUCAAUACCUUCUUCGCUUCAACGUAUGAGAGUCCGGGCCAGGCAUAUAUCGACAAAGUCAAGUCCAGCGUGUAGACGCGAGCUCGCCUCUAGAUCUCACAUGAGGAUUUCCUACCCCUUCUUGCUUUGGUAACACUUUGUGGCCACAAUUAUUCGUGAUCGGAACCCGGAUAACAUUACUCUCAUCCCUGUUCAGGACGGGGCCUGGGUUGGUUCGUAUUUCUCUAUGGUCAUGGGGAUAUUACAAGUCUCAAGGUAUUAGAUGUCUACUUCUCUCUUUCAGGCUUUACGGGCUAUGCACGGAGUCGGUUCUGGGUAGUCUUCCGCAUUACAGAUAUGGUUUCUUGCCUCACCCUCUUUGUACGAGGGCAGUAGCUAGCUAAUCUAACUUACCGCGGAGU